UUCAGACAUUCCAAACCCAUCUUCAAACCCAGGACAAGCAAGACAAUUGACACAGUUAUUUAUUACUGUGUCAAUUUUAAUUUUUUUUCAAAGCCUACAGACAAUGCAAAACAGAGAAAAUAAUGACACAGCCACUUCCACCCAGCUAUGAACAGUCAACGACGGAGUACGGAUAUGGCCCUGCUCCAGUCCAACCAACUGCACCCCCUGUAGGCGUAUAUUCUGACCCAGCUUACCCCCCACAAAGUUAUGGUAACAACCCUGCCUACCCACCCAUGGCACAACCAGGCUCAACAGCUUACCCAGAAGCUACCAGCUAUACUCAACCUCUUGCAGCUUCAGCCUCUCCGCGAGAUAAUGGAGAAAGCGGUGGCUUCACUGCUAAAUUCAAUGAAAAAAAUGUUAGACGGUUGUUUAUUCGCAAGGUUUACAUAACCCUAAGCGUCCAACUGCUGGUGACCUUUGGGAUAACAGCAAUCGUGUACUUCAUUAAGCCAGUCAAAGAUUGGGUGCGAACUGAUGGAGCAUGGAUGUACUACCUGGCAUACGCGGUUUUCUUGGUGACGUACAUAACACUCGUAUGUUGCCCCACUUUCCGUCGAAAGAGUCCUCAAAAUAUUGUUGCACUCAGUGUCUUCACGCUGGCAUUGUCCUACAUGGUGGCAAUGAUUACCACAUUCUAUGACAUUGAAUCCGUAUUGAUUGCCUUUGGAAUCACUUGUGGCAUCACUAUUGGUGUGACGAUCUUCUCCAUGCAGACAAAAUUUGACUUCACUCUGUGUGGAGGAUUUCUGUUUAUGUUUAGUUUGUCUCUCUUUAUUUUUGGAUUCAUUGCCAUUUUCACCUACAGUCAGAUCUUGUACACUGUUUAUGCCUGGCUUGGAGCUGUUCUUUUCAGUUUGUUCUUGGCCUAUGACACUCAGUUGAUAAUGGGAGGCAAACGCUACGAGCUUGAUCCUGAGGAAUACAUAUAUGGCGCCCUCUGUCUCUACAUUGACAUCGUCUACAUCUUUAUCUUCAUCCUGUCCAUUGUUGGAGGGAAAAACUGAGCUUCAUAGUUUGGAAGCAAAUAUCAGUGACAGGCGUUGAUUUCAGUGGUUAUGACAUAAGAGAAUAUAUAAUUAUUGUUUGGUAUUUUUAAGGUAGUGUCUCUGUAUAAUAUUUUUGAAACCUGCAUAUUAUAGUUUUCGAAAUGCAA